AUGCCAUCUACAAAGAGAACCACUGAAGUGAUUGUAAAAGUUAGAGCAAGCAAACAACAUCUCCUGAAGGAGAUAAAUGAAAGGCGCGAGUCCAACUGCCUGGUGGAAAGAGGCAAUGAAGUCAGCUUAUUGAGAGUUCAAAAGAGGCACUUCAAUGAGGCCUCUAAGUCCUGUCUGUACACCCAGACCAAAGAAGCUGUUCCCGACAGUGGCAGGGGCUCCUGGAUCAAACUGAGUGCCCUUGUUCACACGGAGAAAAGGCACUUUCCACCAAAAAUUAAUCUAUGA